CUUUUUUGAAAUGUCAGUCGAAUUCAUCCAUGUAGUGUUUUCUAUUUAAAAAUGGACAGCAGUCGAUAUAGGAUCAAAAAGUGCAUUUUACAAAAUAACGAAGGAGAAUUAGUAAAAUUAUUAAAAAGUGGUUUUAAUCCUAAUCAUGAAGGAGGCUGGCCAAUAAGACUAGCAGCUCGCCACGGGUUAUAUCCAAUUGUUAAACUACUUAUGCAAUAUGGAGCUAAUCCGCACCUUAUUAGCGAGGCUGGUGCCUCGACGUUGCAAUUGGCUGUUUACUCCGGCGAAUUUUGGAAUACCGAUAAGUGGUCUUUCCUUUUGUCUUGUUGCGAUUCUUCGCAAUUAGCUGAUGGCGCUGCUGUAGCUAUGGUAUUCUACAAUAUACCGGCGUUAAAAAAGAUUAUGGAAACCGGACGAUGUAAUACUCAUAUACCUACGUCAUUAACUGGUAAAACAGUUGACGAAUUAGCAAGAGGUUACAAGUUGCAAAGCCUUUUAUAUUCACCUAGGAUUCAAAACAAUAUAAAUGUCGUUUCGCCAAUUUCUUCACCUGGAAAUAUACGACAAACCGAAUCGGAUUACAGGAUGUUAUCACCACAGCCACCAAGAAGAAAUUUGUCACCCUCUGUAGCUAGGUUCUUUAAUCAAACUGCGAAUCAGACGUCUCUUACGCCUCCGAGGAAUACCUUAACUCCUAACUACUUACCUUUUCCUAAUUUUUAAUUUGACUGAAACUUUUUGGAGUAAUUUUAUUCAUGUUAGAUGUAGAAAAUCAAUUUUAGCAAGACGUGACCAAAGGUUAGAAAUGUAAUAUUUGUAAGGUAUAGAAAACAUAUGACGAUAGUUCUAAGCUAUUGUUUAUGACAGCCACAUAGUAGUAGUAGCAGCCAUUUUACAUAGUUAAAAAUCGUGGGUUUGAAUUCAUAUUUACAUUUUCUAAUUUUGUAAUAUAAUUUUUCAACAGACGGUUAGUUUGACAAUGGUAUAAUAAUUCGUCAUUAAAACAUAUAUUAUGGGUACUAACUAAAUUAAAUUUCUGUUCUUAUCUUUGUCUACGCUAUUAUUAUAAUUGUAUACUAUUAUCAAGUUAACCACGACAUCCGCAUAUUAAAGCUAUUUCAUAACAUGGUUGAAAUCUUGCAACGAUUGAAUUUGUUCCUACGAUUUUUAAAAACGUUUAUCGAAGUAUGAAUAAGUCAAUUUUUUUAAUACGAUUGUGGAGAUAAAGAAUAAGGAAGCAAGAGCUUCUUGGUAGUUAAAACGACGAGUCUAAAAAAUAAUA